AUGCCUACCGAAGUGCCUUGUACUGCUUGCGGUUGGACAACACGCUGUCAAGAAUCAUGCAACUACAACAGUCAUGUCAAGCUCUUUUAUGGCGUGAGUGAUCGAGGGGUGUGGUCGAUUGGUACGAAGUGGAUUGUGAAAGAGCGAUCCAACAACAGUCCUCCAAACUUCGAGGCUCAAAACAUUCGAUUCUUGCAGAGUAAUACCACGAUUCCGGUUCCUACCAUUCUAGACGAAUCUUCCGAAACAGACGAAUCGCACAUCAUACUCAUGAAACGUAUACAUGGUGCCACAUUAAAGGCCGUUUGGGUCAACAUGUCAACUGCGGAAAGAGACCACGUUGCGUCACAAACCGCGGAGUGUUUGGCACAACUCCGACAGCUCCAUGCAGACCGAGUUGGAGGUCUGGAUAAUCAGCCAAUCUACUCGGCGUUCUUGUUUCGAAAUGGAUACGGUCUUCCACAUGGUCCUAUAAGCUCCGAUGAUCAACUUUGGUAUGAAAUGUCCAAAGGAUUGCAUGGACUUCUAGAUGAAACAGUUCGUCGACUCAGAGCCCGCAUGCCUCCCGCAACCCCGUACACAUUCACACACGGCGAUCUAUCUCUCGAGAACAUUAUUGUGAAAGAAGGAAAGCUUGCAGGAAUAGUAGACUGGGAGUCCAGUGGCUAUUUCCCAGUAUGGUGGGAAUUCGUAUCUACAGGGAUCAGCCUAGGACCGGACGAUCUUGAGUGGAAAAGUUUACUUCAGAAGCAUAUGGAGAAGCACACCGAAGCAUAUGAGUUCUGGAGGGAUUAUUAUUCACUUUCUAAAUACCCUGACUUGGACGAUCGUGGCACAAACCUGCUCCGAGAGCUCGAGUCUGGGGACAAUUCUUAA